CUAGAUAAUUCGUCUUUGAGUUCAAAGGAGUGGAGAGAGUGGGCAUGAACUGAGAAACACAAAACCUACACACAUUUUCGGUGUCGUCGAGAAAAUACACGAAGCGACAGUCACCCAACAAAGAUGCAACGAUGAGUCAGCCGCAGCUGAAUGAGUUCAUUCCUCCCCCGGAGUGCCCUGUUUUUGAGCCCAGCUGGGAGGAAUUCGCCGACCCUUUUGCGUACAUCAACAAAAUACGACCCAUUGCGGAGAAAACUGGCAUCUGCAAGAUCCGCCCGCCGCCAGAUUGGCAGCCACCAUUUGCCUGUGAUGUUGACAGACUGAAAUUCACACCACGAAUACAACGGCUUAAUGAAUUGGAGGCUCAGACCAGAGUGAAGCUCAACUUCUUAGAUCAAAUAGCAAAAUUCUGGGAGCUCCAAGGAUGCACUCUGAAAAUUCCUCAUGUGGAAAGAAAAAUUUUGGAUCUUUACCAGCUGAAUAAGCUGGUGAAUGAAGAAGGAGGAUUCGAUGCAGUCUGCAGAGAGCGACGCUGGACAAAGAUAUCUGUUAAGAUGGGCUUUGCUCCAGGCAAGGCAAUUGGCUCUCAUCUGCGAACACACUACGAGAGGAUCCUGUACCCAUAUAACCUGUUCCAGAAUGGAGCCAAUCUGUCCAGGGCCACUUUGACCAAUGACACUAAAGAUAAGGAGUAUACCCCUCAUGACCUGCCGCAGCGCCAGUCUGUCCAGCCGCAGGAGACCUGUACCAUCGCCCGCCGUGCCAAGCGAAUGAAAUCUGAAAGAAGUUAUUUUAAAACUGAACCAGGAGAAGUUCGCGACAAACGUCCCAAUCUCAGGAGGAGGAUGGGAACAUAUGUUGCCAAACCAGAGCCUGUGAGAAUGGCAGUCACAAAGGUGAAACGGGAGCCCAGUGAACAUGGUGAUCUAACAGAAUAUGAAGACACUGAAUUGAAUAUGAUAAAAUCUCCCCACAAUAGAGUGGACCAGUAUAUGUGCCAGGUGUGUAACAAUGGGAGUGCUGAGGACCGUCUGCUGUUGUGUGAUGGCUGUGACGACAGUUAUCACACCUUCUGUCUGAUUCCUCCCCUUCAUGAUAUUCCCAAAGGCGACUGGAGAUGCCCCAGGUGUCUGGCUCAGGAAUGUGGCAAACCUCCUGUCGCUUUUGGCUUUGAGCAGGCUGGCAGGAGCUACACCCUCCAAAGUUUUGGAGACAUGGCAGACUCCUUCAAGUCUGACUAUUUCAACAUGCCAGUUCAUAUGGUUCCCACAGAGCUGGUGGAGAAGGAGUUCUGGCGUUUAGUCAGCACAAUUGAGGAGGAUGUCACUGUGGAGUAUGGAGCAGACAUUGCCUCCAAGGAGUUUGGGAGUGGUUUCCCUGUGAAGAACGGCCAUUUUGAGGUCCCUCCUGAGGAUGAGCAUUACCUGAGCUGUGGCUGGAACCUGAACAACAUGCCUGUGCUAGAUGCUUCCGUGCUGACGCACAUUACAGCCGACAUCUGUGGGAUGAAGCUACCCUGGCUGUACGUGGGAAUGUGUUUCUCCUCCUUCUGCUGGCACAUUGAGGACCACUGGAGCUACUCCAUAAACUACUUGCACUGGGGAGAGCCAAAGACAUGGUAUGGAGCUCCUGGUUCUUCUGCAGAGCAUCUGGAGUCUGUCAUGAAGAAACUGGCUCCUGAGCUGUUUGAGUCCCAGCCAGACCUCCUUCACCAGUUGGUUACCAUCAUGAAUCCCAAUACGCUGAUGAACAACGGAGUCCCGAUCUAUCGCACCAACCAGUGUGCAGGAGAGUUUGUCAUCACUUUUCCCAGAGCUUACCACAGUGGAUUCAACCAGGGGUUCAACUUUGCAGAAGCGGUGAACUUCUGUACAAUGGACUGGAUGCCCAUUGGCCGCAACUGUGUGACACACUAUCGCCAGCUGAACAGGUACUGUGUGUUCUCACACGACGAGAUGACUUGUAACAUGGCCGCAAAAGCAGACACGAUGGAUGUUGAGCUAGCAUCAGCGGUGCAGCAGGACAUGACUGUCAUGGUCCAACAAGAGGAAGAGCUAAGACAGAAGAUUAAAAAACUGGGUGUGAUGCAAUCGAGGCAAGUUGAUUACGAGAACCUCCCAGAUGAGGAGCGGCAGUGCAGCAAGUGUUGGACCACCUGCUACCUGUCUGGUGUCACCUGCGCAUGUAGUCCUGGCAAGACGGUCUGUCUGUACCACACUCAGAACCUCUGCUCAUGUCCUCAGACCAGCCUUGAACUCAAAUUCAAGUUUACACUGGAUGAGUUGCACAGACUGAUGGCGUCAGUGAAGCUGCGUGCUGAAUCAUAUAAAGAGUGGCUCUGUACUGUUAAGGAGAUUCUGGAGAGGAAUGGAAACAAGAAAAGAGGUUUGGAGGAGCUUCACAGUUUGGUGGAGCAGGCAGAAACAAAGGUCUUCCCAACCAACAGCCUCGUGGAUCAGCUCCGCACAGUCACCAUAGAGGCUGAUAAAGUUGCUGUGAUGGCACAACAGCUCCUGAAUGGGAAGAGACAGACGAGGUAUCGCUCUGGAGGAGGAAAGUCUCAAAACCAGAAUGAAUUGACUGUGGAGGAGCUGAGGUCUUUUGUUCAGCAGUUAGACAGCCUGCCAUGCACUAUCCGACAAGCCCCUUUACUGAAGGACCUGUUGAUGCGGGUGGAUGACUUCCAGCAGCGGAGUGACUGUCUCCUCUCCGAUGAGUCCCCCAGCCCAGUGGAGCUGCAGGACCUGCUGGAUGUGAGUCUGGGCCUGGACGUGGAGCUGCCACAGCUGCCCCUGUUAAGGGAGCGACUGGAGCAGGCUCAUUGGCUGGAGGCUGUGCAGCAAGCCAGCAGCUGGCCCGACAGCCUCUGUCUGGACACCAUGAGGAGGCUGAUAGACCAGGGUGUGGGUCUGGCUCCUCACAGUUCCGUGGAAAAGGCCAUGGCUCGUCUGCAGGAGCUGCUGACAGUAUCUGAGCAGUGGGAGGAAAAGGUGCUGGGCCUUAUCAAGGCCAGGCCAUAUCACGGCUUAGAAACACUUGAUGCUGCUCUACAAGAAGUAGAAAACAUCCCUGCUUAUUUACCCAACUGUCUCCAGCUGAAAGAUGUUGUAACCAAGGCCAAGAAGUGGCUACAUGAAGCUGAAGCACUGCAGCUCGGGGGACGUAUACCUCUGUUGGACAGCCUCUCUGAGCUGGUUCUCAGAGCAGAGGGCAUUCCAGUGAGGCUGGACCCACUGAGUCGUUUGGAAGCCCUCAUCAGUGAUGUUCAGGCCUGGAAGGAGAGCGCAGCAAAGACAUUCCUAUUGAAAAACUCCACUUUCUCUCUCCUGGAGGUGCUUUGCCCAAGAUGUGAUGUAGGGAGCGGGCAUCAGAGGUCAAGAUCUAAAAAAGCAAAAGAUGCUCCACAGAUCAUUAAAAAACCUUCAUCAAAACUGGAGUCUCUGUGCGACGUUGAGAGAGUGCUCUCUGAGAGCAGGGACACUGCUUCUGCUAUGACCACUCUGGCAGAGGUCCACCAGAGGGAGAUGGAGAUGUUGUUAGCUCUUAGGGCUUCAAAUGAGUCCAGGCUUCUUCCUGCUGAAAACUGUAGCACACUUUGCGUUUGUGUUUGCCAAAAGGCUCCUUCAGGUGCCAUGGUGCAGUGUGAGCUUUGUCGAGAGGUUUUCCACUGUGGCUGCAUGGAUGCUGCCUCAGACCUGGAGUAUGGCCAAGCCUGGCUUUGCCCUCUUUGUCAGCGGUCGAGAAAACCUCCUCUGGACAAGGUCCUGCCACUGCUGGCUUCACUGCAGAGGAUUCGGGUUCGACUUCCAGAAGGAGAUGCCCUGCGCUUUCUUAUCGAGAGGACAGUGCGGUGGCAGCACAGAGUACAACAGGCCUGCACAGAUGGAGUUCUUGAGAAAGUGUCAAAGACGAUGAGAACUGUACCCAGAAUAUCAUCACACCUGACUCAGGAAACAAAUGGUUCAUCUUUUUAUAUAGAGCAUCCGCCUGUUCCUCUCCAGGGACUUGGUUCUGAGCUGGAUGAGCUGAUGGUAGAGGGAUUCCUGCUGCAGGUCACUCUGCCUGAGACUGAGCAGCUGUACAGAUACCUGCUGUACAAACUGGCCCCCCUGCCUACGCAGAGCUCACCCACUGGGAACCACACGGAACAAUCUCGGAGAGGGAGCCCACAUCACAACAAGAAAGGAGACCCCAGUCUCAAAAAGGAGUCGCCGAAUGGUCCCAGCAAACGGACCAAGCGUCGUAAGGAAAGCUCCGAUUCCCAGCACAGUGAAAAGGCCAAGAAGUGCCGUAAAAAGAAGUGCAAGAAAAGCAAAGAGAAGAGUGAAGAGACCAAGAGGGCAAGUUCUCCGACGCACACAGGAUCUGACCCUUCUCAGUCAGACUCGGAGGAGGACUACUCACUGUGUGCUGCACCAUGGUGCAGAGAGCCAGAGGGUGACGAGGUAAACUGGGUCCAGUGUGACGGCAGCUGCAACCAGUGGUUCCACCAGGUGUGUGUGGGACUGUCUGCAGAGCGGGCAGAGAGCGAGGACUAUGUUUGCAUUAGCUGCACACAGCCAGACUACAAACGAGGAGAAUGAAGACCAAAACGUGACUUUGAAGGAUCAGCAGUUUUGUUGCCACAGCACUUAAGUGCACACCUGAACUCUGUGUGCCCUGUGGCCCCCACCCGCCACCAGUUAUUGUCUGACUUGCCCUUAGUGAACAUGGUGCUAUUUACUUUUACCAGAAUUACAAAAAGACUUCCGUCACUGUUUUCGUCUCGUGGCUGGUUUUUCAGCUAACCAACUAACCCUUUCUGAAACUUUCCAAGACUUGAUGCAGAUGUACAAAAUGGCAAACAUGUUUGAAGAACCAGGGAUAUUUUUCAACCAAAAAAGUCAAUUUGACAUCACAUUUGAAAACAUUUUUGUUUUUUUACAUGCAUCUAAACAAUGUGAAACUUUUCUCUUGUAGAGUAAAUAUUAUUUAUCUAAGCAAUAACUGAACUGAUUAAUGGAAGUUCAGUUUUCACCUGAGCUACAUUUGUCCUUAGAUGUUCUUUGAUAGGAUGCCUUUUUGAAACUUAAAUCCUGAAGAAUUCACUUUAUGAAUCCUAUGAUAUUACACCGUUCAGUUAAAAGUUGUGAACAAAUCUAAUCGGAAACAAGUGAGGUGAUGACUGUUUGUCUGAGCUUGCACACGUUUGCACCUGAAUUUUGCCCAUAUCCCUUAACAGUUAACUGUAGUAUUAAGUCAGGUUUUUCCUUUUGCACUGUCUGCAGAGGUAAGUAAGAUGAGCACUGGAUCUGUAAUUCAUGGUGCUGGGUGAGACUUGAUGAUGUUCACAGAGAAAGAAUGAACUGUCCGACAUCAAAGGAAUGUACAUUUUGUUUUUGGGUGGAUUUUCCCUUUAUAUGGUUUAGGAUGAAAUGUCGUGUUGGACUUAGAUUUAACACAGAUUGUGUGAUUGCAUUGCCACGGGUAUAUGACCUUUUUCUGCUCCUUUGGGUAAAUAAUAUAAUUCUUAUGUUGCAGUUUGCAUUAUAAAAUAAAAAAUGUUUGUUCCCAUA